GAUGUACAAACAGUGAAAUUAUUAAAAGCGAAAGAAGGUGGGGGAAAUGUACAAAUCUUAUUGGCAAGCAGAGAGUUGGAAAGAACGUUACGUACGAUUCAUAUUCACCAAAACUCAUUGACUACCAAUUGUCUCAAAGAUAUCGCUGGAAUAAGGGCUGCAUUGGAUGUCCUUUCCACGUAUUUAGGCGACGAUUUUGCUGAAAAUGUUAAGCGUUUUGUUGCCCUUCCAAAGUGCCUUGAAACAGCAAAACACCUGUGUAGUAAUUCAAGUCGAUCUGUUUUGCAGUUAUUUUUAUUGAAACAAUUAGUUCGCCAUGACCCCAAUGGGAUUGAAGCUGUUAAGGAAAGAUGUAAAACAAAGGACCUUAAAUGGAUUAUGCCGCCACAGUCUGAG